UGAGGGUGUCCUGUUUUUCAUCCAUGACGUCACAACAAAGUAUUAAUAGUCGGCCUCAACCGCUUCUCGUCACAUAUCGUUUUCCGCGACAACAAACAGCUGACUAACCGCUCGUCUCACGUCCUAACGAAAGCUCGAGAUGGCGCGUACCAAGCAGACCGCUCGUAAGUCCACCGGAGGCAAGGCGCCAAGGAAGCAGCUCGCCACAAAGGCAGCCAGGAAGAGCGCGCCGUCCACGGGAGGGGUGAAAAAGCCCCAUCGUUACAGGCCUGGAACUGUGGCGCUGAGGGAGAUUCGGCGUUACCAGAAGUCCACGGAGCUGCUCAUCCGAAAGCUGCCCUUCCAGCGCCUGGUGAGGGAGAUUGCACAAGAUUUCAAGACCGAUCUGCGCUUCCAGAGUGCAGCUAUUGGAGCUCUUCAGGAAGCAAGUGAGGCUUACCUGGUCGGUCUGUUUGAGGACACCAACCUGUGCGCCAUCCACGCCAAACGUGUCACCAUCAUGCCCAAAGACAUCCAGCUGGCGCGUAGGAUAAGAGGGGAGAGGGCCUAAGCACCAAUGCUCCCUUUUAUCGUAAUUAACUAUUUGUGGACAUUUUAUUUCUUGGGUAUUUUUUUUCUUUUGUAUUUUAGAUUGAGAUCAAUCAUUCCGAGACUGAUUACACUUAAGAUAAUUGGAAGUGUUGUGCAGCAAGUGUAUCUUCCUAGUUUUCCAUCACGGGGUCACGACUCCAGCCAUUGCAUCAACUCAUUGUGGACAUUAGGCUCCAUCUGGGGAUGGAAGUUGUCGAAGGGAUAAAUUCUUCAUAUCUUCUCUGGGGGGUCCAGGGUCUCUUAACUCUACCACUCGUCACAAAAUGCCAGCAUGUCCUGCUCAGUUGGUCUCAGUGUCCAGGUGUUUGCUGCUACAGUAAAUACUUAUGCCACACUCUGAUCGACAGUACGGCACCCCCCCUCUAUUUUUCUUGACUGCUUUUUACAUGUUUUUAAACCUAAACCCUGGCAGCUACAUUUAAUACUAUUUAUGAAAUGUUGUCGCGUGUCUUUCUAUUAAAGGUCUUUAUGAGUAGAAA